GAAUCCUCUCACUCCUUGGGAAGACGCGUCAGGUGCACUUCUAAGAUGAAGAUAACAUUCCUGGCCGCAUUGCUGUCGCUGACGUCAGCCGGGAGAUACGAAAACGAUGUCGUGUCUCUCGAUUACUCCAAAGGAAACGUCCAGAGUAUGGUAGAUGUGACCCAGGGCGGCAGCGACUACCACUUCUCCUGGCGCCAUGACGGAGGCAGGAUGUACGAGUGGGCCUUCGGGAACCAAUACUGUGCCAGUCUAGGGAAGGAAUGGCACGGUGUCAGCAUCGAGAGUCUGGAUGAGGACAGAAGGAUCUCUAGUAUUAUAGCUGGAGACCGUAUGAAAUACAUCUGGACCGGAGGUGUUCGCCACAACUACAAGUGGCUGUGGCCUUCAGGAGCGGUCUUUGUCGGUCUUAACUGGUCUCCGACUGGAGGGUGA